UCUCAUACGACCUCUGCAAUCUGAACUUUCGUUCCAUCAUGUACUCUUCUUCAAGUAUUGACGUGCGCAGCUACCACUGCUCGGAGAACGUCGAACAUGCCGACAAUUGUCGUUCGAAGCUGAAAGGCUUGAUCCAACGCCUUGGUCGCCAUUCUGCGGAACACAGAGACAUCGCUCAUAUGGAGCAUUCUCAGCGCGCUCGGAGCUCCCUAAGCCUAGCAAAGAGCAUUUCAUCAUCUUCACCUGAGGGAAUGUUUGGCGAUGACGAGACGGCGUGGAGCCGACCAUCUAGUAGGGCCUCAAGCUCCGGCCCAUUCAGAAAUAUCAGGCGCCGCCGGCAGACACGCCCGGCACGAGAGGGUCCAGCAGAAUUGCUCGACGACGACAACUCAGCAUGGGCACGCCCUUCAGCGGGGACAGCAUGGAGGCCAACUCGUACUUGAUCGCGCUUAGCGUCUUAUGUAGCUGUGUCCCCACGACUGAUACGGACUUACUCACCUUGUAUUUGUU